GCUAAUCUCUCUGCUCCGCACUUUCUCGUCCUACACGACCAUGGUACGAUUGGAAUUAUUGGAUGCAGCCUCGGACUAUACCCGAUAGCCCUCAUACUAUACUAUCCCUGUAAUGCUCUACCGGCAUUGAUGUCCACGUCGGGUCGGCACUAAGCCCGCCAUGGUGUGCAGAAUGAGCCUUUGGCUGGAUUGAUUCGCUCCCGCAUCGGCCUUUAAGGGGGGGGGGUUUUGUCCGGGACUGGGGAUGAUGUUUUCCCCACGGGGUUUCCCGUAUCCAUGCAAGUAUGCCUCAAUAAAAUCUGGGCACCUUGCCACCGACGUCCUAGAUCCUUGUCUUAAUCCUCUUCGCGCUCCUGUCAAUUGUCUAUAUGUGUCGGAGGACCCCCUUGCAUCCAAACACAUCGCGCGUCCUUCCUUUAUCUUGUUUCACACGGUCUAUCCACCUCAAGAGUUAUCCAAGCAUACUUACAUAGCUCCAGAGGAAGAUAACGAAGCAUAAUGUCAAGCCAUGACAGAGUAGCGUCCGCAAAGCUUACACAAGAUGAGCAAAUAGAGUCUGUUGAAAACACCCCCAACCGGGUUCGGGAGGACCCAAUCGAGCCCAGACAAAACAGAGCUCUUGAACUCAUUGCAGAUGCAGGGCGCUCUACUAUCCUGACAGCUGAGAAUAACGCUCGGGUGCUUCGAAAGAUCGACCUUAGGCUUCUACCCAUCCUUCUCGGAAUAUACUUCUUGCAGCAGCUCGACAAGUCAAGCCUUUCGUACGCAUCUAUUUUUGGUCUGGUUAAAACGGCCAACCUCCAUGGACAGCAAUAUUCCUGGCUAGGGGCGGUUGUUUACCUAGUGCAACUCGUUGCUCAACCGUUUGUCGCGUACAUAUUAGUCAAGGUGCCACUGGGCAAGUUUCUGGCAUGCACAACCCUUUGUUGGGGCAUUGCCCUGACCUGCAUGACCCCAGCAAAUACCUUCGCGGGACUGCUGGUCUGUCGGAUGUUUUUAGGUCUGUUUGAAGCUGGUAUACCUGCCGCUUUCAUUGCGAUCACACAAAUGUGGUAUCGACGAAUUGAACAGCCCGUCCGACUGGGUUCAUGGUAUGCCAUGAACGGUGUGGUAUACAUGUUCGGAAGUCUGAUAUCGUACGGAUUGGGUCAUAUUAAAUCCUCGGUUUUCGAACCUUAUCAGAUAAUCUUCCUAUUCUUCGGCCUUAUAACCAUCGUUUUCUCCGCUCUUAUUUUGUUGUAUAUGCCCGAUUCACCGCUUCAGUGCAAGUUCCUCGGAGAAGAGGACAAGCUUCUGGCCAUUGAGAGGCUUCGCAUGAACCAACAAGGUAUCGAAACGCAUGAAUGGAAAUGGGACCACGUGAAGGAGGCGGGUCUCGAUAUCAAAUCUUACUUCUGGUUUGCUCUGAUGUUUGCGAUAUCGAUUCCUAGUGGUGGCAUCUCAACAUUUGGACCAUUAAUCAUUGAGGCCUUCGGCUUCGACCAGUUCCAGACGAUUCUUUUCAAUAUACCAUUUGGUGCUGUUCAGCUCAUAGCCACAAUGGGUGGAGCGUGGCUAGCAACCUAUUUAAAAAUGAAGGGAUCUGUCAUUGCUCUGCUAUGUUUACCUGCUAUUGCUGGCUGUGUCAUGUUGCUGCACCUACCGCGCGAUGGUUCUCACAACGGGGCAUUACUUGCGGGAUACUAUAUUAUCUCCGUGUAUCCAGGAAUUACGCCCAUGAUAUAUUCCUGGUCGGCAGGAAAUACUGCAGGCGAGACGAAGAAAAAGGUCGUGAAUGGCGUACUUCUUGUUGGACAAUGUGCCGGUAACGUUCUCGGCUCAAAUCUGUACACCACUGCAGACGCACCAUUGUAUAGACGUGGCUUGCUAUCUAAUCUUGCGAUGUUCUGUCUCCUCGUUGUACUUGUUAUCAUGAAUAUGGCAUACCUCUUCUUCCUGAACAAGCAGCAUGAGAAGAGACGCGUUAGCAUGGGUAAGAGCGCCAAAAUUAUCGAUCAUUCGAUGCAAGCGAUUGGUGCCGUUCCAGUAGACAAAGCCGAGCCUCCACAGCACGCCAUGAGCGAAGACAAUGCGUUCAAAGAUCUCACAGACUGGACGAACGAGGACUUUGUCUACGUGUAUUGAACUCGAUCUUACUCAAAGAAGACAGGACGUGGUACAUGUUCA